AUGGUCGGGCUUCAGAACGCCGGGAAAUCGUCUCUGUUGCGAGUCUUAGCGGGAGGUGAAUUCACAAUUGACUCGAUUCCAACGAUCGGUUUCAACACGAAAGACGUGCGAAAGGGGCACGUAACGCUGAAAUGCUGGGACCUCGGCGGCCAACCCCGAUUCAGACCAAUGUGGGAGAGAUACUGUCGCGGAGUCAACGCCAUAGUAUACAUCGUAGAUGCUGCCGAUAGAGAGUCCUUGCCUGUGGCGACAGACGAGCUGCAUGACCUCGUCAAUAAGCCAUCUCUGGAUAGGAUUCCGCUGCUUGUCUUGGGCAACAAAUCCGAUCUCCCUAACAAGCUAUCGGUCGACGAGCUGAUCGAGGAGAUGAACCUCAAGUCUAUUACUCGCCGCGAGGUCAGCUGCUAUGGCAUCAGCGCCAAAGAAGAAACGAAUCUAGAUGCGGUGCUGCAUUGGUUGAUCGCGCGUUCAAGCAAAUAG